GUGGCAGAUGCGACUUGUGAGCGUACAGCGUCGAGUCCUUCACAAUGGAAAAUUUAUUGCGGGAAUCAAACCUUUCGCUGUCACGAUGUGGAGUGGACGUGUACUUGUCUAUUUUAUAGCAGUCACCAUUUACCAUGUCGUCAUCUUAUGCACUUAGCACGCGAGGGGCAUGGCUUCAAACUGCUUCCAGCUAUGGCAAUUCAUGAUCGGUGGAGU